CCAGCGUCGGCCAUCUCGCCAUUAUAUGUUCUCAAACUAAUUUGCAAUGGCUUCAUCUCGAAGUGGAUUACUUGUGCUCGGUGCCGGCGGCAUGGGCCUCGCCAUUGCCCGUCGCCUUGGGGCAGGACGCCUCGUUUUUCUUGCCGAUAACUCGCCGAAAGUCCUCGAUUUUGCUGCAUCUUCCCUCCGAAGUGAUGGGCACGAAGUACAAACUCAUAUUGUUGACGUGUCAAGCAAUGAUUCUGUCAAAAAUCUCGCCAAGAUCGCUUCCGAGGCGGCUAGGUUGAACGCAGUAGUGAAUACCGCUGGUAUUUCCCCCGGGAUGGGUACUGCUCGAAGGAUCUUCGAGGUCAACCUGCUCGGAACAGCUAAUGUCAUUGACGUCUUCCUUGAGGUUAUGCCUCCUGGUUCCUCGUUGAUCUCUAUUGCAAGUAUAGCUGGCUAUUUGGUCCAGAAGGCUAUUAGUCCUGAGCUGGAGAAGCAUCUCGCGACAUCCCCAAGAGAACAACUACUAGGUCACGAUGCUACCGACCUAGAGGGUUCACCUGAGCUGGCAUACGGCAUUUCCAAGUGGGGAAACAUCGUUCGCAUGCAGGCUGCAAUUCGACAAGGACAAAAGAAAGGAGUGAGACUGAACACAAUCAGUCCGGGUGUGAUCAUGACGGCAAUGAUACGAAAGGAGUUAGAUUCAGAGUUGGGAGAUCGGUUAAGAAAGAUGAUUCCGGAGACUCCAAUUCCCAGAGCCGGCUGCGCUGAUGAGGUUGCAAGUCUUGUCGCUUUCUUGUCAGGCCCGGAUGCAAGCUUUAUUAACGGUGCAGAUUUUGUGAUCGAUGGUGGUGCUACUGCAGCAUCCCGGUUUAGCGAUCCAAUCCUUGAGUUGGUUUAGCAGAACAAGUUAUGCAGACGAUGAGGUUUCUUGAGGGGUCGUUUUGAACUAUAAUGUUAGGUUUGCUGAACGAAUAAUAUUUAAUACUGAACCGGACGCUGUACUUGGCUUAA